AUGAGAAAAGACAUUGCUAAAUUAGUAAAACAAUACAAGGUAUGUCAAGCUUUUAAAGGAACUACACAAAAUUCUGGUUUGUAUACUCCUCUGCCUAUUCCAAACAAACCUUGGGAAGAUAUUUCUAUGGAUUUUGUUUUAGGCUUACCAGUUACUUUUCGAAAAUAUGACUCUGUUUUUGUGGUAGUAGAUCGAUUCAGUAAAAUGGCACAUUUUAUUCCUUGCAAGAAAACUUAUGAUGCUUCUCAUAUUGCUGAUUUGUUUUUUAAAGAAGUUGUAAAACUUGGAACUACUCUUCAAUUUAGCAGUGCCUAUCAUCCUCAAACCGAUGGGCAGACUGAGGUAGUAAAUCAAAGCUUGGGAAAUUUGUUAAGAUGUCUUGCUGGUGAAAAACCAUCUCAAUGGGAUUUAGUGUUGCCUCAAGCUGAGUUUGCAUAUAAUAAUUCUGUUAAUCGUUCUACUGGCAAAACUCCAUUUGAAAUUAUUUAUGGGCAACCUAUUCCUCACAUUCUGGAUAGAAAUUCUUUAUCUCUUCCUAAAAAAACUAGUGCUGAGGCUUUUGAAACAUUUGAUCAUAUAAAAACUGUCCAACAACAGGUUUUUGAAAAACUUAAGAAGGUUACUGCUAAAUAUAAGUCUGAGGCUGAUAAACAUCGAAAAGAAGCAAAUUUCAAUGAAGGUGACUUAGUGAUGGCUUACUUUUGUCGCCAAAGGUUUCCUGUUGGCACUUUUAAAAAGUUAAGUAGAAAGAAAUUUGGUCCAUUUCGUGUGAUUAAAAAAUUAGGUGCUAAUGCCUAUUUGCUAGAUUUACCAGAUACUGUUGGCACUUCACCUGUUUUUAAUGUUUCUGACUUGUCUUUGUAUGAAGGAGAUUCUGACGAUUUUAUAGAUUUUGAAACUUUAUCACUCUCUGCUCCUUUGGUAAAGUCUGAAGAUCAAAUCGAAGAUGUUAUUGAUGUGAAAGUUAUUCAAACGAGGCAUGGAGAGCACAAAAAGUUUUUGGUCAAAUGGAGCAAUCGGCCAUUGACUGACUGUACCUGGAUUGAUGCUGCUGAUCUAAAAAAGAAAAACUGGAAGCUUUAUGAACGAGUUGCUGAUAUGUUCUCAUCAGGAGAUGAAAAUUUUCCACCAGGGGAGAAUUGAUGCUAUCAAGAAU